UAAAGCAUAUAGGUAACUAUAUUGAUUAGAAACCAAAAUAUUCAUAACAGUCCUAUUAUGGCAUUUGCACCUGAACUGAGAACUCACGCUCAAAAAGUAUGCACUCUUUACAAAAAAGCGAUGAGACUUAUCGAGAGUUACUACGGAGCGAGAUUCGUCGUGAGAUAUCAUCAGGUCCUGCUAAGGGCUCGCUUCGAUAAACACAAGUGCGAAAAGGACCCCAAAGAGCAACGCCGUCUUUACUGGGUCGGGGAGAACGAGCUGUUUGAAAAAACUCAUCCGAUACCCAUUGCCAAAUUCGCGAAAUCUGUCGGCAUUGCAGGCGGGCCAGCGUACGCCCGCGUGGUGGAGCCCCCGGACUGGGUCCUAGACUACUGGCACCCGCUGGAGAAGGCCCAGUACCCGGAGUACUUUUACCGGCGCGAAGCGCGCAAGUGCGAAUACAUAAAGCACUGGAAUGACGGCACUUUGAUGUGAAGUUGCUUUAUAAAGCCCGUCAUUUUUAAAGAAUGCGUUACAAAAAUAUAAAACCUUACGUGU